CCGAGUUCUCUAUUUAUAACGGUCGAAUCUCCACGUAUAAUGGUUUGGAAACUGACACUUUUGCUUUUCGUUUGUGCAGGCGUUCUAGCAAUUAAAAAGGAUGGUGAUAAUUCCAAUAGCAUUGUAUUGGAAGGCAGAGGUAUAUCGAUGAACACCUCCACAUCGGGCUUACACGAUGCAGUGGGAGAUACUCUAGUACCAGGACCGGGAUUCCUUCAGGAAAUCAAAGUCGGCAAUGUUCCAAGUCUCAAAGGUCCGUUAUUGCCGGGUCUUGGUAAGGAUGUUGUCAUUACGAGCAAGAGCACGCAUUCGAAAAACGGUGAGGAGAAUACAAUCAACUCCAGAAUCCAAUCGGUGACGAACGAGCCCAGAGAUAUUCUGCGCCGCUUAUGGAAAUCUGCACCUCUAAUCAAGUUGCUUCGAAGCAUCUAACCUCAAUCGGCGACAGGAUGAAUUGGAAUAAGCCUGGAAUCAAGUAAAAUUGGCGCCAGUGAUUAAUCUACGUCCAUUUUUAAAGUUUGAUGCAGUCCCAGACUAUUUAGACUAAAUGUAUUUCUUAAUAAAUGCAUUCUAGGUCCUAAUCCAAAUAGGAAACAUGGUAA